AUGGCUGAUGUGCUGCAGCCAGUCUCUACAGAGGCUUUGAAAGCUGGUGCCACUUCUUUAAAUGACACCCAGAAUGCAACCAGCCCUGCUCCAGAGCUUCAAGGAGAUCUGACGAUCCAAGAGGGAGACAUUUUGCUUCCAGAGGACAGGAACGCUGUGAAGACCCUGUGGUCGGACGCCACCGUCCAUUACGUCAUCAGUAAUGAACUGGCUCAUCGAGAGUCAGACAUCUACGCCGCUUUCAAGAUGAUAACAGAUGCCACGUGUAUCCGCUUCCAGAAACACACCAACCAGCUGAACUACCUGAUAAUACGGGAUGGCAACGGCUGUGCAUCGUACGUCGGCUGCCAAGGAGGAGCCCAGUCGGUGUUUUACGGCUCGAAAUGCAGGGUGGGGAACCUUUGUCAUGAGAUCAUCCACGCUCUGGGACUGCAUCAUGAACACACCCGUACAGACCGCGAUCGAUAUGUCACCGUGAACUGGGAGAGCAUCCAGCCAAAGAGAAAGAAGAACUUCAAGGUGAAACACGGAGACACUCUAAACCUGCCGUAUGAUCUCGGCUCCAUAAUGCACUAUGGGCAGUAUUUUUUCAGCAAAGAUGGACGUCCGACUGUGUUGUCCAAACAGAGCGGAGUGAAGAUGGGUCAGAGAAGCCACCUCAGCCAGCUGGACGUACAGAGACUGAACAAACUCUACCACUGUGGUAAAAACCUCUGA